AUGUGCUAUGGUUUUGUGAACGAUCUAGUGGCUGCCUGGAUGGAGGAGAUAGAAUUUACGGAACCUACGGAAGCACAAGCUUCAUCGUCAAGCCAAAGGAGCUAUCAAGAAAAUUCUGGUGAUCCGGAGUUUCAACGAAUUUUGGCGGAAUUAAGAGAAUUUGAAGAAGGCGAACAGUCGAAUUCUGGGAGCUGGAAAGAAGAAUACAUUGACAAUAAAAAGUAUUGCCGUGCCUGUCGAUGGGAAAAAUGCGUAGCCGUCGGAUUGCAGCAGGAGGCGGUCCGACAAGGAGCACUAGCUGGCCGAAGAGGGCGAGCCCAUGGUUGGCGAGCCAAGAAGCCGUAUGCUAACGGGUCAAGUUCGAGUCUUCAG